CUAUUACCCCAGCGUUCCUCCAGUUCCUCCGACUCUACCUCUUUCAUCCCCAGGACGAACAUCGAUAAAGGUUCAAGACCUCAAGGCUCAAUGGACUUCGAUAGCGGAACUGACUCAUUAUGGCUUACGCCGGCUUGGCGCGAGUGGGAACGCGACAAAGAUGAGCCCAGGAACUCACCCCUUCGAUAUUCUAAACGGCCCUACGAACAGGAUGACAGUAUGGAGUCGAAGCUGCACAAAAAACCCCGAGAUGCAGCAAGGCGGAAAGAAGGGAUCCCUGGGUACGAAAUGGACCCCGGGCACGGCGUGGAUGAGGUAGCUGAGGCGGCACGAGUGCUUUUGCGGUUCAACGACCCUCGAUCAAGAAGACAACGAAAGCGCUUUUAUCUUCCUCUACUUGUGGCUCGUCGCUCAGGCGCAUUCACCCAGGUCAUGGCUUGUCCGGACAGCGGCUCGGACGACAAUAUUAUCUCUCUAGAGCUGGUGAAAAACUUGGGACUGAAGACAGAGCGGACCAACUCCGAUGAACCAAGACAGUUCACAAUCGCUAAUGGAAAGAUCGUCACGGCAGUUGGCCAAGUCUCUACCAGGUGCAGCUUUGCUGCUGGUGCUCCUUCAGAAACCACGAGCCUUGAGUGUAUUUUCCAUGUCUUCAAUACUCUGGCCGUUCCCAUGAUCAUGGGUGUCGACUUUCUACAGCAGACAGAGACCUUGAGCAAGCAUCGAGAUCGACUCGUCGAGCAAGCGGUUCCAGCUAUGCAGGCAUUGAGAGUGAACAGCGUUGGAAGACCCAAGCGGAGUUUGGCCUGCCAGCUUGGCACAUAUGUGGGUUUGGCUACCGUGGAUACUGGAUCGGAUUUGGAUCUUGUCAGUGGUACAUUUGCUAAGGCGAGGGCUUACAAGAUCGAGCCUGCAUACGAGCAGCUCGAGUUUGCAGACUGCAGCGUGGGCUGUACUUCGGGUGUUAUCAAUACUUCGUUUGUUGUGGGAAACGCUAAUUCCCUGGGAUUUCAUCCGCGUGGGAAACCAAUCGACCUUGAGCUCUUCGUGCUGGAUAAUCUUAACGCGGAUAUCCUUGUUGGACAAGAGACUGUCGAUAGACUGGAUGUGUUCAGUUUGCACGGCGAGUUGCUCAUUCCCAGCAUGUCUCGGCUAGGAGAGUCCGACCUCAACAUCAUCCGGCAUAAAGGACGCUUAGAGCAGGGCGCUGCAAAGUUGUGGAGGAAGUUUAGGAGUAAUCAUGGCGGUAAUCUACCAGGUAGUUCCGAUCGUGUGGCUGGCGCUGAAGCCCAGGUUGACAUUGACCAACGAGAAUGUGCUCGACGGGAGCGUGAGCGAACCAGAAUCGCGAAGCUCUCCGGUUCUGAAAAACAACGGGCCCAAGAUCUCGAAGACAUGGCCAUCCGCACUUUUGAAAGCGAAAGACAAAGGCGUCUCUCACCUCUCCCCAGCAGUACAGCACCCCAGGCGUCUAAUUUCCCAACUUCACUCGUUUCAAAGGACGGCGAGACUUCGAGUUCCACAAGUGCUACCGUCGGUAAUAACGAAGUCGACCGCACCAAGACAGUCGAAAUCACUAAUCUCCAGACUGGCCGAGGCGUAUAUCAAUGCCCCUUUACUUGGUGCUCAUCUCCACCCUUUCAGUCCCAGGAUGAUCUCGACUAUCACCUCGAUAUCCAUUCCCUGUCCAUGAUUUACCUGGUUAUGUCUGCCCAUUCUGCCCUCAUAGAGAGCACAAGUAUUCAAGGCCGGAUCAAUAACAGCGCUGUGUCCGUGAACACCACGUCAACAAAGACUAAAGCGAUCCGCUCGCUUCGAGAAGCCUUGGCCAAACCAUUGGAGGGAGACGAAGAUGCACAGCUUGAAGCUUCCGCCGUGGAACCGAAUCUCGACAGCAGGAGUAACCCGGCCAGCAACAAAAAGAAGGAGCGCCUUGACAAGGGGCGAUCUCUUCAUCAUCCGAUGGCCCCCCCGGCAAAGAAGCGCAAGCUUCCCACCGCGACCGGCCCCGCCCCGAAACGAUCCAAGAACAUCUCGAACUCCAAGAAGAAGACAAACAAGGCGUCGCGUCGCGCCGUUGACGCCUCUGCACUCGCGUGGAAGUCUGUCGGCGAAGAUUUCGGCGGUCUUGAGGUGAUUGAGGGCGUCGACGUGGUUAAGGAUGGGGAUCGGGUGCAGUUCUUGGUGGCCGGCGAGACGAACACGAUAACCAACGACGACAACAACGAUAACGAACAUGCGGACGAAUCUUUUGAAGGGUUUGGCGACGACCCUGUGGAGGUCGGGGAUAUCGAUUCCGGCGAAGCUGGCAGUGGUGAAGCUGGCCUGGAGGGCGAGAAGUCUGAAGCAAAGACUACGGCAAAGGAAGAAAAAACCAGCAAGAAGAACAAAAAACAGCAGCGCAAGUUGGAUGCCAGCAAAAAAGAAGACGAGCAGCUGGUCAAGACCCAGAAAGUCGUACAAAAGUCCUCUUCACGGGGGGGCAACACGUUUGACGCGCUGGCCGAUGGGGAAGACCAAGAAGAAGACGUCGACGUGGCGGCCUGGGUUCCGCUGAACCUCUCGCCGCAGAUUCUUUCCGCUAUUGCCAAGCUUGGGUUUACGAAGCCGACGCUGAUUCAGGAAAAGACGAUUCCUGAGAUUGUGGCGGGUGAGGAUGUCAUUGGCAAGGCGCAGACGGGUUCGGGAAAGACGUUGGCUUUUGGUAUUCCUAUGGUUGAGAGGUGGUUGGAGUUGUAUGAGCAGGGUGUUGAGAGGACUGGGCCUAUGGCUGUGGUGCUCAGUCCUACGAGAGAGUUGGCAAAGCAGUUGGGUGAUCAUCUCAAGGCGCUUUGCGAUGGCUUGUCGAAUGCGCCAUAUGUGUGUGUUGUUACGGGUGGACUGAGCAUUCAGAAGCAGCAGCGACAACUGGAGAAGGCGGAUAUCGUUAUUGGAACACCGGGACGACUGUGGGAGGUUCUCAGUGGAGACGCGACUCUGCAGAACACCUUUUCCAAGAUCAAGUUUCUGGUUGUUGAUGAGGCGGAUAGACUGUUCAAGGUUGGACAGUUUAAGGAGGCUGAGGAUAUUAUCGGUGCUCUUGAUGGAAAGAGGCCCAGCGAUGAUGCCGACAGCUCUGACGAGGAAGAUGACGAUGAGGAGGACGAUGAGCGGAGUGCUCGACAGACACUCGUCUUCUCGGCCACAUUCGACAAGGACUUGCAAACCAAGCUGGCAGGCAAGGGCAAAUCUACAGGGAGCGACGAGGAGAAGAUGGCGUAUCUGAUGAAGUGCCUCAAGUUCAGAGGCGAACCCAAGUUUAUCGACGUCAACCCUGUCAGUCAGAUGGCGGAUGGUCUGAAGGAGGGACUGAUUGAGUGUGGUGCCAUGGAGAAGGAUCUCUAUCUUUACACUGUCCUCAUUCUUAACCCUGGACGACGCACUCUUGUCUUUACCAAUUCCAUCUCGGCUGUUCGUCGUCUUACGCCUCUUCUUCAGAACCUCAACAUGACGGCUCUUCCUCUACACUCGCAGAUGGCGCAAAAGGCUCGUCUUCGAUCUCUUGAGCGUUUCACAGCUGCGCGCAACUCUGUCCUCAUCGCCACCGAUGUCGCGGCUCGUGGUCUCGAUAUCAAGGAGGUGGAUCAGGUUCUGCACUACCAUGUGCCACGAUCGGCAGAUACGUAUAUUCAUCGCUCAGGUCGUACGGCGCGUGGUGAGUCGAGCGGUGUUAGUGUUAUUCUUUGUGCGCCUGAAGAGGUUUUGCCGACGAGGCGACUUGCGAGCAAGGUUCAUGCGGAGCGUAGCUCGGGGGCUAAGAGGGAGCAUUUCAUUCAGACGCUUCCUGUAGAUCGCAAGAUGGCGUCGCGACUCAAGCCUCGAGUGGAUCUAGCCAAGAAAAUCGCGGAUUCUGUACUCGCCAAGGAAAAGGCUCACAGCGACGAUACUUGGCUUCGCAACGCGGCUGAUGAGCUUGGAGUCGAGUACGACUCUGACGACCUGGAGGCCGUCAACGCAUCUGGUGGCGGUCGAGGUGGACGUGGAGGAGGUCGUCGGAGAAAGGAGCAGGCUGCCAAGGGUUUGACAAAGGCCGAGAUGGGAGCUCUUCGGGCGCAGUUGAGGGAGGAGCUCUCAAGGAGGGUGAACCUGGGCGUGAGCGAGCGGUACAUUACAGGUGGUAGAGUAGACGUUGGUGCCCUGUUGAGAGAGGGUGAGAAGGGGGGAGUGUUUUUGGGAGGCAUGGAUGGAUUGGGGUUUGAAUAG